GGCAUCGGCCCACCCGUUCCGAGCGACGACACUGUGUUCUUGCCGCCGACGCCGACGCCGUCCCACGACUCACAUCGCGACAAACGCAGGCCACCCACCACUACGCAAUCCCGCCCUUCCGCCGAUUCUGAGCCAAACCUGCCCCCCCGACUCUCGCAUCUGAAGUAGUCGUCGAGGCUCGUAGAUAGCCAUGGGCAAAUCUCAGUCCAAGCUCUCCCAGGAGCAGCUAGCUGAACUGCAGAAGUCCACCCAUUUCGAUAAGAAGGAGUUGCAGCAAUGGUACAAGGGCUUCCUCAAGGAUUGUCCCUCGGGCAUGCUCACCAAAGAAGAGUUCCAGAAGAUAUAUAGGCAAUUCUUCCCCUUCGGUGAUCCAAGUUCAUUUGCAGAUUAUGUCUUCAAUGUCUUUGACAGCGACAAGUCCGGUAGUAUCGACUUCAAGGAGUUUAUCUGCGCCCUCAGUGUUACCAGCCGAGGCAAGAUGGAGGACAAACUCGACUGGGCCUUCCAGCUGUACGACAUUGAUGGGGACGGCAAGAUUAGCUACGACGAGAUGCUCAAGAUCGUCGAGGCAAUCUACAAGAUGGUCGGCUCCAUGGUUAAGCUCCCUGAAGACGAAGACACCCCCGAGAAGCGCGUACGGAAAAUCUUCCGCAUGAUGGACAAGGACGAGAACGGCAGCCUGGACAUGGAGGAGUUCAAGGAGGGAAGCAAACGUGACGAGACCAUUGUAUCGGCACUGUCUCUCUACGACGGCCUGGUGUAGUGUGGCGCGGAGGAACACUGAAGAGGGCAAAAAGGGAACUCCCAUGCCACCGCCACGCCCUCGGGUCUGUUUUCAUGAUUAUAUGUGUUUUUGGGCAAGGCGAGCUGCGCGCAGUGAUCAAAGUGCGACUUUUAUUAUCCAGGGCUA